GGUGUCUGCAAACACGCACGUAUGAGCCGUGUACGUGCUCGUGCACACGCCGCCGUCUCCUCCUACAUAGGCAUUGCUCGUGGUGCUUUCGAUCAAUAGUUGAUGCACGCCGUAGCCCGAGCGGUUGCGUUAUCUAAUUCCUUUCCCUCUUAUUAUCUUUGGGACAGCGUGACGUCAGCUCCGGGAAGGUCUGAGCGGCUCGCGCGCGGCUGCUGCUCACAGACCAGCUAACGGUUAGAAAACAAACCGCAGCGGUGCGUUCGGUCAGCAAGCCCGAGAGUAGUAGGCCAUUAGGAUUAAUAAAGACCGAGAGUAGUAGGCCAUUAGGGUUAAUAAAGACCGAGAGUAGUAGGCCAUUAGGGUCAAGUGGACGACGGCACGAGUGAAUGUGUGCAGAGAAAGGUCGCGCGCCCGUUUAUGCGACCCGCCCCGCUCACAAGCCGCGACGAUGUCCGACACCGUGAACGUUACUUCCACAGACAACAACGGAGACUCCGGGCUUAACGGGUCCUGGGUGGAGUUGGAGAUGAACAGAGCCACAGCUGGAUCGGCCCCGCCGACCUCCACGGCCCCGGGCCUGCUGCUCCUCCCUCAGGUGGAGGAAGAGGAGGCCAUGGUGGGGGGGCUGGAGCACGUCCCGUCCUCGUCCUCGAUCCACAACAGUGACAUGGAGAAGAUCCUGCUGGACGCUCAGCACGAGUCAAGCCGCAGCAACUCCUCCUGCGACAGCCCCCCGCGGCCCCCCAGCCCCCAGGAUGACGGACAGAUCAUCUUCGACGUGGACGUGAGCGGCAGAAGAGACAGCCUCACGGAGGAGGAUGCCUUGGACAAGGAGAGGGACAUGGACAUCCUGAUGAAGGACGCAGACUGGGUCGCUGACUGGUCUAGUCGACCGGAAAACAUUCCCCCCAAGGAGUUUCAUUUCCGUCACCCUCGACGCUCGGUAUCGCUAAGCAUGCGGAAGACCGGGGCCAUGAAGAAAGGGGGAAUCUUCUCCGGAGACUUCCUCAAAGUCUUCAUCCCCUCGCUGCUGCUGUCGCACAUCCUCGCUCUGGGGCUGGGAGUGUACAUCGGGAAGAGGCUGACCACGCCGCCCGCCAGCUCUUUCUGAAACCCCAAGCUGAAGAUAAGUGCCUGAGGAGCGGCCUCGAGUCGCCGGAGGAAGUGUUGCUGUCGCGAGAAGAACGGCCGUCUCUUCUCCCUCUGUCCCGCCUGCCCCCCCCCCCCCCCCCCCCCCCCCCCCCUGAGAUAGGACAUGUUCUCAGGAGAAAUGCAUCUGCCUUUUUCCCCUCUCUCUGUCUCCUCUCCUACCCUCCUCCCCCCGCCUCCCUCAGCUCUUUUUAGUUAUCGGACUGUCUGUAGAUAUCCGCCCUCCCGCCUUAUGCCCUUCACUUCAUGCGUGUGCCGCUUUUUGGAAGAAUGAAUAGUCAUGUGUCACUUUUUUAAAAACUUUUUUUUUUAGAACGGACCACAGAUUGGGCCACCCGCGCCAGUAGCCCAGCACGCUGUCUCGGGUUGGGGGGGGGGGUGAGGGUUCGACCAAAUUCCGUGUCGGCCACGCAGACAGAAAAAGUGAUCAUGCUGUUUUUUUAAUUUAACAGUGGUGGUCCACUGAGCAGGUGUGUAAUGAUGACAGUUGCCACAGUUGCCACGCUAAACCCCGGGCUCUCGUGAAUUGCACUGGAGGAGCCAGAACACAAAAGAUUUUCUUUUCUCACUUUUUUCUGUGAUAGAAACUGGGAAUUCGAAUUUACUCAAUUCUGCGUCUGAAUGAAUGUUCUGGCGACAAUAACUGGGAUUAAGGGGAGUCGACGUUCCAGGAAGCUCCAGGCGUCUGUCCGAACCAGUCGCCGUCCACGUUGAGCUUCCUGGUUUGUCUGCAACAUAUCGUGGAUCAGUCCCCACUGGUUUUUACUCCCAGUGGAGCCGGAUAUGACAUGGAUACUGUGGCGAUUAUUUCAUAUCCCAAAAGUCAUCAAAAAGCAUUCAGGACUUAAAAGUUUGAAACAUUUUUUUUUUUAUUUCGCAUUGGUUUAAAGGUUUAGUGAUUUUAUUUCCUAAAAGAUGAGUUGAAUAUCAAACUGGAAUUAGUUGACUUUCACUUUCAAGAUUUUCGGUCGGGUCAGGGGAUGUGAUUUUUAAACGGCGCUAUCUUUUGUGUGAUAAUGUUUAGGGGUGGCCGGCCCCCGCUGCUUUCUAACACGCCCAACAUACUGAUUCCAGGGUUUUGAGAGGCUGUAAAAGUGACCCUCGCUUUGACGUUUGACACUUUGGAUGUUCGCAGACUUCCUGUCCACCAAGGGGAGGUUUGUUCUCACUAACGGGCUCCAUCUACUUCAUGUGUAAUCACAUGUGCUGGCAUGAUGGGAAAGCUUCACUGUAGCAUCGGAGGUUGGACUGUGGCCGGUUUUGUCCCAAGUGGACCUUCCACAGUCAGACGGGGGUCAAAUAAUAUUAGAUGUAGAAGUGCGGAUCUCCUUGACCACCCAUCCGGAAGUAAAGAACUCCUAGAGAUCUGAUAUUUGAGUUACUCAGGAGUAACUCCACUUGACUCCAACUACUUUGACAGAUGUUUAGGUUUUGAUUGACACAAUGACAUUUUAAAGGUGAACAUUAUGCUACCUGACGUUGCUUUGUUGCCUUUUCCAACAAAAAGAAAAGCUGAAGGAUUUAUUUUUAUUUUUUAUGGUGCAUUUCAGUGUUAAUCACGGAGAAAAGGAAAGAAUAGACAAACAAAAUAAUUUUUAUGAACUCUUGACAAUUUUUCCAUUUUUCUUUUUUAAAUCAAAGGGUUGAGUGUCAUAGAUGUGAAAAGUAUCUGUAAAGAAACACUACUUGACUUUUGUUCUGCUGUGAACAGCAACAAAAAGCUCUUUUAAAUGCUUCUUGACCCGGCGGGUCGACUCGGGUCCUGUUGUCUGAGCUCUCAGACGAUAAAUAAAAAGGUGCUGGACAGAACAGCCUGUAAAAGACGGGGGGGGAGGGAUGGGGAAAAGAGUCCCGCAUGCGAGACGAUGCUCCCGAGAACAUUUAGUCGAGGACCAACGGGGACGUGCGGUCAUCAAAUGGAUGUUCGCUGGAGCGUCGUCUAGGUCGCAGACGCCAUUCCUUCCGUCUUCUCUUUUAGUUUGAACUCUCACGACCGAUCGAUGAUCUCCAUUUCAACCACAGAGGUACUUUAGUGCGACACACACGGCGUCCUGUUUGACAGCAGUAUUGUGGAUGCAUCUUUUCCUUUUUGAGUGUCCGUUUUUGUUGUUUUCUUUUCCCUCCCUGACGUCGCAGAAAGAUUGUGAGCGAGUUUGAAAGAGUGCAAACGGGAAACCUCAUUGUGGAUGGCAGAGCCGACUGUGAAUAGGAAAAGAAAAGCUGUGGAAAGAGACUUCCUUCCCUUAAGACUUGGUCUAACAUUAAUUAUUGUGAUGAUGCGUUUGCUUUGAUUUUCUUGUUCCCACCACAUUGGAAGAAUUAAUCAACAUUUUGUCAUUAAAAAUGACCUGAAUGAACCUUU